UCAUGCACACAUACACAUACAAACACAUACAUUACAGCACCCCUGCAUACAUACACACAGACGCACACACAUACACAGACACACGACGCACACGCAUAGACGAUUCUUACGCGCCCGCGCACGCACACUUAUAUACAUAUACACACCUACAUCCACAGGCAUAUUCACACAGUAGCUCCAACGCAUAUAGACACAUAUACACAGUCACACAUAUACAUAUGCUGUUGAGACAUACAACGGCUUUUGCACACACGCGCGCACUCACGCACGCGCGCACACACAAACACGUACACCCAAAGGCAUAUUUACACAGCAGUUCCUACAUAGACACAAUCGCUUUAUAUACACACACUUAUAUAGAAUGUACAAGAGUCGCGGUGGUGUUGGUGGGGAGCGCCAUGUUGGUCCAGUUCGGGUGGAAUUAUUGCAUCCCAAGAAGGAGCUUGCAUCCCAAGGGCAACAUUAUUAGCUAAACAUGGCUAUUUAUAACUCUAAUUUGUUACCAAGAUGGUAGCACUUUGACGCAGGUGAGUUCCAACUGUACAGAGGGGACAUUUUUGCUCAGUUUGCGGCUCAAUACUCACUCUCAUCUAGUCAUGACAGAAAUUAAAGACAGUCAGUGGCCGAUACAUGAUGUGCAGAUCCUGGAGACCCCAAAUUUCACAGUGCCCAGCCAAAAUAAAAUGAACACCUCUGAUUCCUUCUCUAUGGAUAAUUUACAAAGCCUGGAUCCUCGGAAGCAAGAAUUACUAGAAGCUCGCUUCUUGGGGAGCAGGUUUCAGCCACUAAACCAACAUGGCCAGACACAAUCACAACCACAGGCUACACCGGUAACACAAAUACAACACAAUCCACAUGUAUCUCAUUUGGAUAACAACUCCAAUCUGAGUACAGGAUCUAUAGAACUCAAAGAUGAUGAUAUGCCACAGACGCCUGACAAAACGAAAACGCCUACAGAACGGAAGCGCAAACGAAAAAAUAAUGUAGAUAAUAAUUGUGAAGCAGGUGCAGUUUUAAAGGUGGUACGUCCAGAAGCCAAUGGGAAAAAAAUUAAUGAAUAUUUCAAGCAAAGUCAAUCCCCUGGUCGAAGUAGUGGUGUCAGUUCAACAGGAGCUAAAUCUCCCUCUCCACAAGCAAUGCAAUAUUAUGGUUUUGCCAGCGCAUCACCACAGAGUAGUCAGACACAAAGUCAUGGAAGUCUGACUAGCUCUGAUAGCAUCACAUUUCCAGGGCGAUCGGCACCAACGACGACGUGCACAUGUUCCAAAUCAGCACAGACGGAUCUAACCUUAGUCCAGCUCCAUGCUAUCGAAUGCAAGUCAACGUCGGAUUUGGAACAGAAGGACAGCAGAAUAGAAGAACUUAUUAGGCAAAAUGAAGAAUUGAGAAGACAGCUCAAUGCACAACAGAAACUACUGGAAAAACAUAAAGAAAACCUUCAAAAAUGUUUAGAAGUUAAUAAAUCUCUUUUAAUAGAAAAAAGUCUUUUAGAAAAGAAAACUACGCGACAGAAGUGCAUGGAAAACCGGUUACGGUUGGGGCAGUUUGUGACGCAGAGACAGGGAGCUUCAUUUGUUGAAAAUUGGGUAGAUGGUUGGGCUUUCACAGAUUUAAUAAAGCAACAAGAAAAAAUAGCUUCAGAAAGGGAAGACAUUGAAAAACAGAGAAAGCUCCUAGUAAAGAAAAAGCCUCCUAGUUCUUCAAUGUUAGCAAAAAAUUCCAAACAUGAAAACUUUCUGAAACCAGGUGAAAAAUGGUUGACGCUGGUGGAAUAUUAUGAACAAGAUGAAAUCCUCAAAUUACGACAGGCAGCAUUAAAGAAAGAAGAUGCAGAUUUACAGCUGGAAUUGGAGAAGUUGGAGAGGGAAAGAAAUUUGCAUAUACGAGAGCUGAAACGGAUACACAAUGAAGAUAAUUCUAGAUUUAAAGAUCAUCCCAUAUUGAAUGAAAGGUAUUUGCUGCUGUGUUUGUUAGGAAAAGGUGGUUUUAGUGAGGUACAUAAGGGGUUUGAUUUAAAAGAACAGAGAUAUGUUGCCUGUAAAAUUCAUCAGCUUAACAAAGACUGGAAAGAUGAUAAAAAAGCCAAUUAUAUCAAACAUGCUUUAAGAGAAUAUAAUAUACACAAAAGCCUUGACCACCCGCGGAUAGUACGGCUAUAUGAUGUGUUUGAAAUUGAUACAAAUUCCUUCUGUACUGUGUUAGAAUACUGUGAUGGCAACGACUUGGAUUUCUACCUCAAGCAGAACAAGUGCAUUCCCGAAAAGGAGGCACGCUCCAUUAUCUGUCAGACUGUCAGUGCUCUCAAAUACCUAAAUGAAAUUAAGCCACCUGUGAUACAUUAUGACCUUAAACCUGGUAACAUCCUGCUAGGGAGUGGGUCAGUGAGUGGAGAGAUUAAAAUUACAGACUUUGGUCUAAGCAAGAUCAUGGAUGAUGAAAAUUAUUCUGAUGCAGGCAUGGACCUAACGUCUCAAGGUGCUGGUACUUACUGGUAUUUGCCACCAGAAUGUUUUGUGGUUGGCAAGACUCCUCCGAAAAUUUCUUCCCGAGUGGAUGUUUGGUCUGUUGGUGUGAUAUUUUACCAGUGCCUAUAUGGUAAAAAGCCUUUUGGGCACAAUCUGUCUCAAGCUGCCAUUCUGGAAGAAAACACGAUAUUGAAAGCUACAGAUGUAGAAUUUCCUUCAAGACCGCCAGUUAGUAGUGAAGCAAAGUCGUUUAUAAGGAAAUGCUUACAAUACAGAAAAGAAGACAGACCUGAUGUGUUAACACUUUCCUUCGACGACUAUCUCAAACCCACAGCUUUAAAGUCAAAACAUUUUGGUGAAAGCAUUUGUGGCUCAUCUGGUGUUUCUUCCACUCCCUUGCCGGGGCCAUCACUCACCAUCAGUCAAACUCCCAACUUCACAUUUGGAGAUAAGCAUUCAUAGCCACUGUUAAUGUCACCGCUAUAAUGUGGUUCAGUCAUCAGGAAGAGAAAUGGUCGGGGAGCUAGCGAUGAUGAGAGGGAGGGAGUGUGGGCAUUAAAGAGGGAGAAAAAAAAAGAGAAAGAGAGAGAGAGACAGGGUGGUUGUGUUGUUGUUGGUGGUAGUAGUUGGAGUAGGCAAAGGCACAUGUAUGUAUAUAUAUGUAUGUAUAUGCGGGAA